CAUGUGACGAUCACCUGACGCCAGGCGGAAGCUCCGCGGAAGCAGUCAGCUAAAACAACAACGACUUAUCAAAUUCACUUGAAUUUUUGAGUAUCUGAACAUCGUUAAUUAUGGAAUCCACUCUGGAACAGCACCUGGAUGAUACUAUGAAGAACCCCGCGGUUGUUGGUGUGCUGUGCACGGAUCAUCAAGGACACAGUCUGGGCUGCCGCGGCUCGCUGACUGAUGAUCAUAGCGGUGUUGUGUCAGUUCUGGCCAAACAAGCUGCAGCUCUCACCAGAGACCCGACUGACACUCCAACUGUGUGUUUGGAGUCUGAGUUAGGAAACAUUCUGGUGAGGAGUCACGGUACCGUCACAGUAGCGGUUCACAAGAUAGCAUCUUGAAGAAGUUGCUCACUGGGCACUUUUAUUAUAAAGAUUUGUAAAUGUACAUCACUAUAAUCACACAAUCUAAAUGAACAGUUGGAAAGAGAAAUCUGGGGGUUUCCCCAGUGGUUUGCUGUGUUUUCUGUAUUUUCAGGUCAUAUUUAAACUAGACAAUGAUUUCUAAUAUUCUAACAGCUACUGAGAGGAGUCAAAAGCCUUUUUUUUUUUAAGUACCAAUCAAUUAGUACUACUAUUUUAUUGAUGCUGUGCAUAGAACAGAUCCAAUAUGAUGUUCAUUUUCUGUGUGUGUGUCUCUCCCUGGGCUCCCCUCUCUCUGUGAACGUGUAUAUCCUGUAAUCCAUCCAGGACACUCAUACACAGAGCAACAUCUCUUAAUAAAGUUUAACUUGACUUUA